AUGAUAAGGUACACAAUUAUCGAGAGUGGGUGUGCAUGCACAUGAUUCUUACGUUGCCAAGUGCGAAUUGGAAAAUGAGAAUCACUGACACAAGUUCAUAAACCAUAACCCUUAAGAAUGAAGUUGGGUUUUGGUCCAAACACCCUCCCUUCCUCAGCCUUGUCACCUUCCCUAAUUUUCAGCCUUCCCAUCUCACUCCCAUUGUCUCAGUCCCAAUCCACAUUUUCAGGGAGAAAGAGCUUAGUUUUUCGUGUGCAAAAUACUGUUAAUAAAAUUGAGUCAACACCUAGUAAUUUGAUGGCUUCAGAACAGGAAUUUCCAGAACUAAACAGAAAUCUUUACCCGCAUAUAGAACCUUACAGUACAGGUUUUUUGAAGGUUUCAGAUCUUCACACAAUCUACUGGGAGCAAUCAGGAAACCCCAGUGGGCAGCCGGUUGUCUUCCUUCAUGGAGGUCCUGGAGGGGGAACUUCCCCUAGUAAUCGGACAUUUUUUGAUCCAGACUUUUACCGAAUCAUUCUAUUUGAUCAGCGAGGGGCAGGGAAAAGCACGCCCCAUGCUUGCUUAGAGCAAAACACCACAUGGGACCUCAUUGAUGACAUUGAAAAACUAAGAGAACACUUGGAGAUUCCAGAAUGGCAGGUAUUUGGUGGAUCAUGGGGAAGCACACUUGCCCUUGCAUACAGCCAAUCUCAUCCAGACAAGGUCACUGGCAUGAUCCUUAGGGGAAUUUUCCUUUUAAGGAAGAAAGAGAUUGAUUGGUUUUACGAGGGUGGUGCUGCUGCAAUAUUCCCGGAUGCGUGGGAGCCAUUUAGAGAUCUUAUUCCAGAAAAUGAGAGAAGAUGCUUCGUUGAUGCUUAUCAGAAGAGAUUAAACUCUGCUGAUAUCAAUACUCAGUAUGCAGCUGCUAGCGCAUGGACCAAAUGGGAAAUGAUGACUGCUCGUCUUCUUCCAAAUGAAGAGAACAUCAAAAGGGCAGAUGAUGAUAACUUUUCACUGGCAUUUGCAAGGAUUGAAAACCACUAUUUCGUGAACAAGGGAUUCUUCUCCUCAGAUUCAUUCCUGUUGGACAGAAUUGAUAAAAUAAGGCAUAUCAACACCACAAUCGUGCAGGGAAGAUAUGACGUUUGCUGUCCAAUAAUGUCAGCCUGGGAUCUUCAUAAAGCUUGGCCUGAGGCAGAUUUUCGGGUGGUUCCAGAUGCAGGACAUUCAGCCAAUGAACCAGGCAUAGCUGCUGAACUUGUGGCUGCAAAUGAGAAAUUUAAAAACAUAACCAAGAAAUAAAGGGGACUGAAGUGAGUGGGCAAACAAAAAGGAAAACGCUGCGGUUAUCAGAUAUUCUGCAACAUUCAUCUAUAAUCAGUUUGUUGUCUACAAGGAAAAUAUUGCAGUAUUUUCUAAACACUACUUGUCUUCAUCAUUGUGAAAAUAAAGACAUCUACAAUAAACAUAUACCACCAAAAAGAAUCAAAUCAUGUUAUUACACAAAAUC